GAGAACACACGGCUCCGGCAAUACCCGUAACCUUCACUGGACUCGAAACUGGAGUAACCAUGUUGCUGCAAAAUAUUUAUAGACUGAUCUUUCUAGUGCAGACUGUAUCAAUUGUGUCCUUUGUCGAGGCUCAGUUUUACUACCCGGGGACUUUUAAUUAUGCCCCCACCCAGGCUCCAGUGGCUGCACCUGCGUCAGCACCUCGUUUUGUGCUGUUCAACCCGUUUAGUGGCCAGCAGUUUGAGCCUUUUCGUUAUACUGCUUUUUUGAGGCGCGGCAACCGGAAACCACAAGUCAAUGGCAAUAUUGUGGAGUUGCCCCAACUGUGGCAGCCUUGUUCCUGCGCCGAAUUCGUCUGCCGUUGCUGUCUGGGACUGGUCUUUGGAUUCGGAGAGGCGUAUAACCAGCGAGUUUGUGCCGCCAUUGAGUACAACAGGGCGGAUGUGGGACUUCGGUUAAGCGUGGAACUGAACCAACGUGCCGUGGCCAAUUUUGGUUUCUCCGCCAGGAAUCCGCCGGACUACUGUGUACCACUAUUACUGCCAUUACCACUCUUCAGUUGUUUGCGGCUUUACGAUAUUCGGGCCUUUGGAGAGGGCAAUGUCCAGGUGUGCCUCUCAGUGGUCUUCAAAGUGCUGGUCAGUCAGUUCUUUGAAUACCGCUUCAACUGCCUUCGUUUCGGGCCCAAUGGCGUAUUUUUCGUACGUGAUGCACUGCAGCAGGAUGCAGACGCCCAGGAGCUGGAUAAACAGAUUGCUCUGCCGGCUUCACCUUCUCCGGAAAUGAACAAAAGACGCGUCAAUCUUCCCAACGAUAAACUGGCCGCGGCCAACACCUUGGGUUACUAUGGCUCCUAA